AUGGUAGUAGUGGGGAAGUCAUUAAGCCUAAGAUCAAAUUCUCACGCUAGCAUAUAUUACAGGAUUUAUGGCCUUGGAGAAGUUUGGAAAGGUGGUGAUGUAAAACGAGCAACUGGUGGUGGACAAAUAAUAAAUCUAUUGAGAAAAAAUCUUGCUAAAUAUAGGCAAAACAAAACAAAAAUUAUUUUGUUUUCUGAUGCUUACGACGUGAUAUUUACACAAGGUCCAGAAUUCUUACUAGACAAAUUCCAAGCGCUUAACCCAGCACGUAUUGUAUUUGGUGCUGAAGAUUUUUGUUGGCCUAAUCCAGAGCUUCAGCAUAAAUAUCCAUUAGUUGAAAGCAACAGAAAACGUUUUCUUAAUUCUGGUGGUUUUAUUGGUUAUGCUAGUGAUAUUUACGAACUAAUAACAAGUCAGACAAUCAAUGACGAUGAAGAUAAUCAAUUAUUUUACACAAAAAUUUUUCUAAACGAAUUCACUCGAUCAAAAUGGUCAGUGUUCCUUGAUUCAGGUGCAGAGAUAUUUUUGAAUUUAAACGGUUCAGUGGCAGAAAUCAAAUUAGAAGUUAAUGGUGAUGAUGUUUAUGUUCAUAAUACACGUACAGAUUCGAUUCCCACCGUUGUACAUGGGAAUGGCCCAUCUAAACGUAAUCUCAAUUAUUUGAGUAAUUAUUUGGCUCAAGUAUGGUCACCAACGUCUGGUUGUUUACAAUGUAAAGAAAAUUUACUCGAUGUUACACUGUUUGAUGAGCCAAACAAAUGGCCUAUUGUUUAUAUGGCAAUAUUUAUUGAAUAUCCAACUCCAUUUUUACAAGAAUAUUUUGAUAAAAUCACGAAAAUAAACUAUCCAAAACAGCGUAUAGGAUUAUUUGUGCAUAAUCAAGUUGACUAUCAUCAAAAAUUGCUCGAACAAUUAUUGUCCAAAUUUAAGCAAGAAUACAUGUUUGUGAAACAUUUGACUGUUGAUGAUGAUAUAUCGGAAAGUGAAGGAAGACAACAAGCUAUAAAAGAAUGUCAAGAUGAUAAAUGUGAUUAUUUAUUUGUUGUGGACUCUGUUGUACAUUUGGAUCAUCCGAAUACACUUGUUAAAUUAAUGAUGAUGAAUAAAUCGGUCAUCGCUCCGUUAUUAGUUCGUCCCGGUAAGACUUGGGCAAAUUUUUGGGGCGAUUUCACAGAAGAUGGAUAUUAUAGACGUUCACCGGAUUAUUUAGAAAUAAUUAACUAUGAAAAAAUUGGCCUCUUUAUUGUUCCGUACAUUGCUCAUUGUUACUUAAUUAAUGGAACAUUACUGCAGCGUUUCACUCCCCAAUAUGAAGAUGCGAACAUAGAUCCAGAUGUUAAAUUUAGUAUGUCCAUGCGUGAUUCGGAUCAUUUUCUUUGGAUAAUAAAUGAAAUGACUUAUGGUCAUUUAGUUGAUCCAGACAAUUUUAAUAUUUCACUAAUUCGGCCAGAAAUGUAUGAAAUAUUCAAUAAUGUCAAGGAUUGGAAAGCACGAUAUAUACAUCCAGAUUAUUAUAAACUACUUGAACCAAAUGUAACGAUUGAACAGCCAUGUCCCGAUGCUUAUUGGUUUCCAGUUGUUACAAAGGAAUUUACACAAGAUUUAGUUGACAUAAUGGAAGCAUUUAAUAUUUGGUCUGGUAGUGCACAUAAUGAUAAACGUCUGGCUGGUGGCUAUGAAAAUGUUCCAACAGACGAUGUUCAUAUAACUCAAAUUGGUUUCGAUGCCCAUUGGCUUUUUUUUCUACGCGAUAUCAUACAGCCGAUACAACAAAAAGUAUAUAGUGGUUAUUUAAAUGAUCCUCCACGCGCUGCAUUAAAUUUCGUCGUUCGUUAUAUGCCUGAAUAUCAAAACAAAUUAAAACCUCAUCAUGAUGCAUCGACGUAUACAAUUAACGUUGCGUUAAACGAUGUUGGAAAAGACUAUGAGGCAAGAUUAUCUGAUCUGAUUGCUGAUCUAGUACAAAAAAAGUUGUACUUUUCUGAUUUAUAG